AUGCGAUUUCAGUUGAAUGGAAGUGAUACAAGCGUGCUGAGAAAUGCAGUUAGUCGAACAUUACAAGUUAAAUGCAAUCGAAUGCGUGUGUUCAUCGAUGAUAAUCGUGAUUCUUUGCAUUUGCAUGUAGGUCAGCUAAGGCAGUUCGCAACAUCCACUGGUGGUUUAGUUUUGGAUGAUAUUCGGGCUGUUAUAUGGCCAGUUCUGGCGUCUUCAUUGGUGCGAGACUCGUUUAAUGAUCAUGAUACAUCAUCAACAAUAUCAGAUUCUGAAUUUGAGUCUGCUCACUCGAAUUUUGCUUGUGAUGAAGAUCGUGGCUCGUCAGUUGAACUUGUCACGGAUGCAAGUUUUUGCAUGGUAUUCCAGUUGUCCUGUCCGUCACUGAAUGAUUUGCAAAGUCACAAGGAAUGGAGACAAGUGGAAAUGGAUGUCAAUCGUACGCUUGCGCGGUUUCCACCUGACAUGUCAACUGAACAACGUUGUAGUUUACAAAAAGAUUUAACUCCUUUGAUUGUUAAAAUUUUGUGGCAGUCUCCUCGAUUUCAUUAUUACCAAGGUUUUCAUGAUGUGUGUUUAACCUUGUUACUAGUGCUUGGUGCUGAAAAAGCAGAACAUGUUGGCACACUCUUAGCUCAUAAUGGAAUUUUCAGGAGUUACCUUCGAAAAAAGUUGGAAGACACGGUGUUAAGAGAUCUUGAUUUGAUGCAUGUAUUAUUUUGGAAAGUUGAUAAAGAAUUAGAAAAAGUUAUUCGGACAGUGGAAGUGGGUUCAUUAUUUGCUUUGAGCUGGCCAUUAACAUGGUUCUCACAUGCCUUACAUCAUUUACACCAAAUUGUUCUUUGUUUUGACUUUUUCUUUGCAACACAUGCUCUUAGUCCUAUAUUCCUUACCUCAGCUGUGGUUUUGUGGCGGAGUAAUGCAGUUUUAAGCUGUUCACAGGAUAUGGCUUCGAUACAUCAUUUAUUAAAUGAUAUGCCAAAGGAUAUUCCUCUUCAAGCAUUAAUCAAUGAUGCACAAGAUUUAUUUCGGAUGUAUCCUCCUACAAUAUUACGGGGUCCGUUGAUGGCAGAUUACCGACGUUUUGUAAAUAUCCAUCGUAUGCGAAAACCUCUGCUUCCAAAAACAUCUCUUCGAGCGUGGUUAGUUGCGGGUACUGCCACUGCAGCAAUAUAUAUUCUUUCCAAAUACAUGUUUAUUACUUCUCCCUACUGA